CAAACAAGCGUCCACAGCACUACGGACAACGACUCCAACGCCACCUUUAGGGUUCUUUCUGAGGCUGACGGCGGACGUAAUCACUACUCUAACAGUCGUCACCACCACCACAGUCGAAACCACCAGCACCACGAUCAACGGGGGUAUCAUCGACAUCAUCAUGAAGACUCGUGCACCAAUAACAGUGAUUUCUUGACCUCUUCCAACUGCUCUCAGCAGGGAUGGAGCACGAUGGCUAAAUCAAACUCGUUCCACCACCAGUCCAAGAGAUUUGGUGGUGGAAGACCGCAACACACACAUGAGAUGUGCAAGUCGGCUACUCCAGACAAUUUUCGUCGUCAGAAUCACUGUGGGAAUGCAACGAAGGAUGAUCUUUCUGACAUGAUCUCUGGUUUGCCUCAGCAGACUUUGGGGGACAUGUUUGGGUCAGUGGAGCGCUGUGUUAGCAGUGACUUUGGAAACAAUAGUGCCAAUCUCUCCCAACAAUCAGUCGGAUUUGCACGCAGCAAGACCUUUGCACACACACCUCCCCUACCCACUGCCACGCGAGUCGCCUUUGUUCACGCAUUCGAUAAAAGUGUUGCUGGUAGUGGCAGCAUUGUUGGCAAUGGAAGUGGUCAUCUCCAUGCCGGGGAGUACGAAAAUCUGGAGGCUGAUUCGUCGCUCCUCUGUUCAGUAAACCGAAAAUCAAUCACAGACAUUUCUGUUAAGUCUUCUAGCUCUGACAUUUCAUUCGAGGACUAUAAAUUUAAUCAGCGUCUGCAGCGUCGAAACCGCACGCCAAAACUCAUCAACACCCAUUGCGGAGGUCGGCACGAUCACCACCAAUACUGUCCACAUCAAAGUCAUCGGAAUUGCCCUUUUGGACGUCCUCUAGUCACUUCAUUGUCGACUUCAAAACGAUCCACUCUCCCAAGUAUUUCAUGCGAUGGUAAUGGUGGACAUAUUCAGCUCUGCUGGGAGCACCUUCGUGCUCUGGAACAGCUGGGAGCACCCAAAGGGGUUCGCAUUGACACACCGGUGAUUCAACGUAAGAAGCAGAAGAAGAGGAUGAGGAAACAAAAGGAGCCAUGUUGCAGUUACUGUUCUGUUUUACCUGCACAUCGCUAUGCGGAGAAGGCGAGAUCUUUCGAUCCAUGCCAGCAAAAAUCCCCAAUGCGUCACAGGUGUUCAGCCAGUCCAGUGUUCAGUGUGGAGGCAAUACAGUCACAGUGCGACUUGUGUCGAAGGCAAAGAAGACGGCGAGUUGAUUUUGGCCGACCUAGUUGUGGGUGUGACGAUAUCAGAGUAUCUGCAGACAACGAUGGUGCUUCAGAUGAAGCAGAAGAGGAAGAGGAGGAAGAUGAGGAGGAGGGAUUUUCAUCCUCUCGGGCUGCCAGUGAUUCUUCUCUAGCUUCUUCUGCCCUCCCAGGAGUCAGGGACACUGCAUCCAUUAUGGUCUCUUCCUAUGAGUUUGAGUGUCAGCAACAACAAUCGCAUAACGCUGUAUCGUCCUUUGAUAGCACCAGUGGUAACGCAACACCUCGUCGAUGCAAAAAUAAACCUCCCACUUCAAAGUUGGGCGAGGAUAGACGCGGUUCCUCGAGCUGGUUACAAUCUCACAUCAGUAUCUACGAGGACAGGUGCAGUCCAUCGGUAAAAACUGGCAGAGCUACACAGAUCUCCAGUUCUCGAAGGACGUCCGUCUCACCACCAACAGCAGAAAGAGUGCCACAGAGACCGGAGCGACCCAAAACCCUUCUCUCCUCAUCAGCCUCAUUCCAAAUGGAGGACCAUCAUCGACACCAGCCGGAUACACCUUCGAUACGCUACGCCAGUCGACCAUUUGGUACUACAACCAGCAGAGACGGCACCCCUGUACGACGAAUGGGUGGAACCGGGGCAUAUUCUCGAACUCCCACGCCAGCUAGGUCUGUAGGAACGCAACAACCCAGUGGUAUGACCUCCGAUAGGGGUGGUGGCGGAGGGUUGCUCUUUACUGCUUCCAUGACUUUUACCCCCUCCGGUGUCUCCACAAUGUCUCCCGGUCCUUCGAAUUCCGCAGCUAUAGCUGGAGCCGGUGGACCAGAGAGGGGCCUAAGCGGAAGAUCAAGUCAAUACCAACACCAACAAGAACAGACUGACUUUCAGAGAUGCCUCACUAAUAAAUCACUCUUACCUAUCUCACAACGAGAUAAAGGGGAGAGAUCAUAUCUCUUUUCGAAAAAAGCUCAAACACCGACAGAAAAACGGACUACCAAUGCAAUACCAUAG